AUGAAUAUCCUGCACUCCACCCUCUCCACCUGGCGAGACCGUCUCGCCCCCGUCUCCCGCACCUCGACCUUCCGAACAACCGGCCAGAUCACCCCCGAAGAGUUCGUCCUCGCAGGCGACUACCUAGUCUACAAGUUCCCCUCCUGGUCCUGGGCCGAUGCCGCAACCCCCGCAAAGCGUGUCUCCUACCUCCCGCCCGGAAAGCAGUUCCUGGUCACCCGCGGUGUGCCAUGUCACCGACGGCUAAACGACAACUUCGCCGGGGACGCAGGCCACGAAGACGAGAUUGUCCGGGGCAUGCUAGCAGGUGAGGGUGACAACGAUGACGAUGGUUGGUUGCGGACGGGAGGCGGCGAUAACGCAGCAUCGUCGUCGUCAUCUGCACGGAUCGGAGAUGUACGCACGGUCGACGAGGCCGGGAAUAUGGGCGAGGUAGAGGAACCAGAGGAUGAUGAGAUUCCGGAUAUGGAAGAUGAGGAUGAUGAUGAAGAGGCGAUUAUUCGGGAACCGGUGACGGGGACGACGCAACCAACCCGCACCUACAACCUCUACAUAACCUACGCCAACUUCUACCGCACCCCACGCCUCUACCUCUCCGGCUACCUCUCAGCAUCUGAACCCCUCCCGCCCCAACUAAUGAUGGAAGACAUAGUCGGCGACUACAAAGACAAGACCGUCACCCUCGAAGACUUCCCCUGGUUCGAAGGCAGCGUAAAGAUGGCGACCGUGCAUCCAUGCCGGCACGCCUCCGUGAUGAAAACCCUUCUGGAUCGCGCCGACGCAGCGCUCAAGAUCCGUCGCGAUAAGCUCAAGGCCGCGGCCUCGGCGCACGCAGAGCCUGAUGCGAAGGUCGCUGCUGGAGCGGGCGGGUUGGAAGGGUUAGUGGAUGAUGUUAAGGGAUUGUCGGUGAGUGAGGGACAUGGCGGCCAGGGGCAAGCAGGUGGUGAUGAGUGGGAGAUGCUGCAGCAUGAUGAGGAAGAUCAGGUUGCCAUUCGCGUGGAUCAGUAUCUCGUUGUGUUUUUGAAGUUUAUUGCUAGUGUUACGCCGGGGAUUGAGCAUGAUUUUACCAUGGGGGUUUAG